AGAGAACAAGUUGGGACUCACAGCAAGGACUAAGGACUAAAAACAAGACGUUAGUACCUACUAUCUACAAACUAACAAAACAACCAACUACAAACCUACUCCUCCAGGUAAAUGAAACGCAGAGUUUGUUUUUAUUCACGUUUGCAACCAUAAACUUACUCCUACUCUAUGGCUGACCAUGUAUAAUGUUGUUGACCUGUUGUGGCAGUCUUUAUUGCUAUAUAUUUUAGUAAUAACACAUCGUUAAAUGUUUAUUUAGACCUAACUGUAUAUUGAUUGCCUGUUUACACCAGAUCUGAAUGAGCUUUCCGAUCUUGACCAUCUUUAAGCAACUGACUAAGCAUGAUACAAUCUAUGAUGGACAGGACAGUUUUAAAAGAUGAUGUUUUUAUUUUCCAGAUCUAACUACACAGACAAUAUGGAAUUUGAAUCAAACUGCUGUCUAAUGAAGGUGAGUCCCAGCAUAGACAUGAGGACAAGAUAGACCCACAAUAUUCGGCCAUGACAGACAUUCAAAUGUUAUUAUACAGUAAAUGUUAAAACAGAAUUUAAAAAAACUGACCAACCACAAUUCUCCAUACACUGUAUACGAUACACAAUGUUAGAGUAAUGUUAAAUCCCCUUUCUGUGUCCUGGUCAGAACACCUCUGACAGUGUAGCAUGGAGCUCCAAGCUUCCCCAUGGUCUGGAUGUGGAGAUAUCCCAUCACCCCAGCACCCUGCGCUGUGUGGUCAACCUCAUCAUCGCCAUGGAGAGGAUAAAUGGUGGCAAGGCGGUUACCCUGGGAACCGAAUUCAGGGAUGAGGACCUGUUCAACUUCUUGAUAGAGAGCGCAAUGGAAGGUAGGUCAAAGAUCACUGGACUGGAUUGGAGGCGUCCCUAUGGGGCUAUCCUGGUCCCAUAUCUGAUUGUACUGUCUUGCUUCUGUUGACAAUGACCAUAGGAGUUGGCAAGACAGCACAAACAGAUCUGGGGAUUUCCAAUGUGUACCACUACAAUACCAUUAGCUAUCACCCCUGGGCUAUGUUCCAAUGUUCACACUAUAGAAUACCACUUAGAAUGCAUGCCCAACACAUUGCUUAAUUCUAACUGGCAUACUAGUAGUGUGGAUAUCUUCACACAGCUCAUGGAUUAGUAGUAUUGGAAUUCAAUCAAGUGUAUUCAUUCAACCAUUCACUAAAUCCUUUCCUCUCUCUCUCUCUCUCUCCUCAUCAGAACACACAGUGAUAGAGUUGGAGUCGACGCCCACAGAGCGAGGUGACGCCAGCAGGAGCGUUUCAGGGUUCAGCAGUACAGGAGAUUAUGAGUGUAGUGUCACUGACUCUGAGAAUAAGUGCUGGGUGCUGAACAGUGGGUCUAUGGAGCUGCAUGCCUAUCAUGCUGCAGGGAGGCAGUAGCUACCAUAAAGGUAUGUUAACAACCAAGGCUCAGUCCCAAAUUGCAUUAUUCCCUACAUAGUGCACUACUUUUGGCCAAAGACUAUGAGUGUAUUCUUUGGCGACCAUAGAUAAUUCAAUUAAUUAAAUUCCAAUUUGCCCGACCCCUUUCCUUGGGGCACUAGGCAGUGGCACUUCCUAUGAAUCUGAAAGAAUUGGAAAGGUUUAGGUACAUAUGAGGAAUAUGUGAUUCAGUGGAGGGGUUAAAACCAGUAGCUUUCUAUUAAUACGACUCUGAGACUGACAGAUAGGUAGCGUACUUAGUUCACAGUUGAGUUCUGAUGAAUGAUGCUGACUGACUCUCUUCUCCUCUCCUCUGUCCACAGUGCAUUUGAACCUGUCUACAUACGUGACGCUCGUCCCCAGUGACACUGAAGCCAGACCUGUCGCCCUUGGCAUCAAGGGAUCUAACCUCUACCUGUCCUGCCAAACAUCAGAUGGCACGCCCACCCUGCGGCUGGAGGUAAAUAGCAGUACUGCUGGUGAAAAUACUACUAGGCUACUCCAUGUGGAAUGUAAGAGGUUGAGUUGCAGUGUAAUGAAAUGAAACUGCCAGAUAGGUCAAGGGAGACCAACCCUGGUUAAAUGUGACUGGGAAUGGGAUACAGCGAGGAUGACUGUUAGUCCUGGAGAGCUACAGGGUGUCGACUUGUUCCAAACAAUGAGGUGUUUAUUAUAUACGUCAUUGGUUCCAACAGCCACAACCUCAAACCAAUAGCCAGAGUAACAUUUCUAUCCACUCCUGGUGUAUGACAUUUGACCUUUAAGUCAGUUUUGAGUCAGACCAUUGAGUUUAACCCCUGACCAUCUCUCUUUCUCCAGGAGGUGGUGGACAAGGAGCAGCUGAAGUCCAUCAACCGUCAGAGUGACAUGGUGCGUUUCCUCUUCUACAGACGGGAAACCGGAGUUGACGCGAGUACCCUGGAGUCUGCCCAGUUCAGGAACUGGUUCAUCAGCACGGCCCUACAGCAGGACAACACCAAGCCGGUGGAAAUGUGCCAGAGGGCAACCCCCAACCGCUUCACCACCUUCACCAUCCAGCGCCACAUCUAGGGUGGCUGCCGACACUGACACCACACCAGUCAGGGCCUCUCAUAGAGAUCCUAUAUAAUUCAAUAUGGAUUCUAUAUGUGAUUCUAUGGGGCCUCUGUGGUCAGGACUGGGUUGCCACUGUGUUUACGUCUAAAGGUUAGGUGUAUGUUUGUAAGACACAAUAACUACUUCACGUUGUAUGCAUGCAUGUACUGUAUGUAUGUAUGUACUGAGUACAGCAAUUCAUCAUUGGGAUGUAUAGAUUUGGUCAAGGUUUACCACAAGAUGGCGCCGUUGGGUCAGAUUAUUGUAAGCGCCCCUGCUAUUUAUUGUAACGUAUUUAUUGGUGAAAGCCAAAACGAACGUAUUACUUACUGUAAUUACAUUUCUACUAAUCAUAAUAU